CAAAAAUCUUCUAACACAACAAUGUACAACAACUUAGAUGGACAGCAGUUUCGAAGAAUAGGAUUUUUUUUUCUUUUUCUUUUUUCAUUCUUGAGAAAAGAGAAGCCCCAGAUCUGGAGCUAAUGGCUUCUUCACUCAUUUCUUGUCUUGUAACUAAAAGAGAAUAGUCCAAAGGAAUUAUGUUUGAGCUUGAAGACAACAAGGCCAAGCUCUGGUGUGACUGUCCCUUUUGGACCGAAGAUGGUAUGUGCCUGUUGCGUGACUGCAGCAUCUGUGAAUGCCCAGAAAAUGAAUUUCCAGAACCUUUUAAGAGGCCCUUGCUCCAGGGCCUUCCACCUGACAGUUUUGUGUGUCAAGAGGGAAAGCAGCAGGGGACUUUUGACUGGACGCUAGACAGUAGAGCUUUCAGAGGCUGGGUUGAGACAGAUAAUCCUUGGACAAAUGAUGAGGAGACGGAUAAUGGUGAGAUGACAUAUGUGAACCUUCUAUUGAACCCUGAACGUUACACUGGCAAUGCUGGUCCAUCACCAAGAAGGAUAUGGGAUGCUGUGUAUUCUGAAAAUUGCCCGAAAUAUUCAUCUCAGGACAUUUGCCAGGAGAAAAAAGUAUUAUACAAAUUAAUAUCUGGUCUUCACUCCUCAAUUUCGAUCCACAUAGCUGCUGAUUAUCUUCUUGAUAAGACUACUAAUCUGGUUCUCCUUCUGCCUCAUAUCAUGUGACUAUUUUUCUUUGGUGCACCAAACGUACUGAGGAGUGAAGGAGAACAUCGGUUGAAUAGUACCGAUUCCAAUUUGAGUGUGAGGUGGAAAUCGGAUUGUACCGGACCUCGUCCACCCCUAAUUUUAACCAUAACUUAACACUGCUAUGUUAUGUAAAUCAAAAAAUUUGGGCCAAAGCAUCUGAUGUCGAAGGGAAAAUGCACAUGUCGUUUGAGUAA